GGCCGCUGCGCCAGGCUAGCCCCCAGCGGCCGCCGCGCGGGUGUGGACAAGGUCGCUGCUCUCGGGGCAGCGGGAUGGAGGCGUCGCGCCGCCGUCCGGCGCCCUGCGGGGACAGUCAAGAGAAGAAGAAUCUGCGUUUCCAGGUAUAAAUAUGGAAGCGCCAGGAGGAGAUCCCGUUAAAAUUCAGCAUCCUCGUUGAAUUCGGAUGGUGCUCGCUCACUUGUGGGCAUUCGGUCAGUCUUAAUGCCUUUGAGGAUGAGACCAUGAAGCUUCGGCAGCUGAAACUGGAUAAUCAGAGAGCGCUGCUGGAGAAGAAGCAGAGAAAGAAGCGCCUGGAGCCACUCAUGGUGCAGCCGAACCCAGAAGCCCGGCCACGUCGGUCAAAGCCGAGGGGAAGCGAGGAGCGCGCUCCGCUGGUGGAGCCUCAGGCCCCGCGCAGCGGCGUCAUCCUGCACGGCAUUGACGGUCCCGCUGCCUUCCUGAAGCCAGAUGCUCAGGACGUGGAGACCAGACCUCACGUCCUCUCAGUAGGAUCUCCUGCCGCGGAGGAGGAUGCUGAAGGAGGUGCUGAUGGAGAUGGCGCCUGGGACCUUGCUUCCAAGCCAGAUCUCCAGGAGAUUCUCCAGAAACAUGGGAUCUCAGGGAGUUUGAACUUUGAUGAGGAGGAGACUGAUGGGGAGGAAGGAGAAGGGAAAAAACUAAGAUCUCAUUCAUCCUCUUCAGAGGCAGAGAGACCCAGUUCUGCAUCCAGCCAGAAGCCAACCACAGAUACAGGAGCUUCCGGAACUGCAGCCCAGCACACUGAUAAUCAGCUGGGAGAAAUAGAGAAUUUAGAAGGCUUCGCAUACAGUCCUGCCCCUCGAGGCGUCACAGUGAAGUGUCGGAUAACUCGGGAUAAAAAAGGAAUGGAUCGGGGGCUUUUCCCUACCUACUAUAUGCACUUGGAAAAGGACGAAAAUCGGAAGAUAUUUCUUCUUGCAGGUAGAAAGCGGAAAAAGAGCAAAACAUCCAACUACCUCAUCUCCACUGACCCAACAGAUCUAUCUCGUGAGGGGGAAAGUUAUGUUGGCAAACUCAGGUCCAACCUCAUGGGGACCAAGUUUACAGUUUAUGACCAUGGUGUCAGCCCGGCCAAGGCCCAGGGUCUGGUAGAAAAGGCCUGUGUGCGGCAGGAGCUGGCCGCCGUCUGCUACGAAACAAAUGUACUCGGAUUUAAAGGCCCGCGGAAAAUGUCUGUGAUCAUCCCAGGGAUGAAUAUGAAUCAUGAACGAAUCCCAUUUCAGCCACGAAAUGACCGCGAGAGCCUGCUUUCAAAGUGGCAGGACAAAGCCAUGGAGAACUUGAUCGAGCUGCACAACAAGUCCCCCGUCUGGAACGAUGACACCCAGUCCUACGUCCUGAACUUCCACGGCCGGGUCACUCAGGCCUCUGUGAAGAACUUCCAGAUAGUCCACGAAAAUGACCCCGACUACAUAGUCAUGCAGUUUGGACGUGUGGCCGACGACGUGUUCACCCUGGACUACAGCUACCCGCUGUGCGCGCUCCAGGCCUUUGCCAUCGGGCUCUCCAGCUUCGACAGCAAGCUGGCCUGUGAGUGACGGCCGAGCAGGCGCCGGGCCUUCUCUCUGCAGAGCUUCUGGAGCACUAGCCGCCGCUCUUGCGCUUGCCCAGGACACGGAGAGUGACAGGCCCCCCUUUUGGAAUGGUCCCUGAGAGUAUGUAUGUACACGUGCACGGAUGCACAUACGUGUGUGUACACAUAUCUGUACACACACACCCUUCUCGGGGUCUCACGGCCCUGGUCGGGGUCACAGCUUGACUCGGGUGAGAGCCUGUCCAGAGCUCACGGUGACUGUGAAGGCGCCGCCCAGCGGUCAGAAUCCCGUGCUUGGAGACUUGCAGCCAGAGGCAGCUUCUCACACUUCAGUACUUGGGUCGCUUUUUUUGCAGAACUUUUCAGAGAGGGACGUUCCUUGAAUUACCUUUAGUCUCCAGGUGUGCAGAGUUUUUCUGUAAGUGGGCGGCAGGCCGGUCCCGGCUGUAGGGUAUCUCUGCCCCCUGUGGGCUUGGCCAUCUUCCAGAACGGCCGUGCCGUGAGAGCACCUGAGUGGGGACGGUGCCUCCAGGAAGUGCAGGCCUGCAGGUCGGAUCUGAAGCGGCACCUGGCCUCAUGCGCUGUGACGUAGCCUUGUCUUUGCUUUGGCCACGGUGGUUUCCAGAGUGUCAUUUACCGUUGGUGACCAUUCCUCACCCAUGGUGGGGGGGGGCCCUGGGAGAAGCGCUCCUCUCUGCCGUCUCUGUGGGGGAGUGUGGUGCCUGUUCCCCAGAGCCAGCCACUGUCCCUCAGCUCGGGAGGCACCGUGUCACGGUCCCCCUUCCCUGAGGGCCGGCUGGCUGGCUGCAGUCUCAGAGUGGCUCUGGCCCAGUUUGUGAUCAGUGAUGCGAGCAAUUUACGUACUUGUCUUAAUCGCAGGGUGGGCUGCAAGCAUAACCUCUAGAGGUGGCCUAGUCUGCUUACGACUGAGAGGGAUUUGACAGAGGCCUUCACCACCUUCAGCCCAGGAGUGCGUCCCCGCUGGGUUACUGUGGAGCCGUUAGUGCAGACUCACCUGCAGCCCGCGUGGGAGGGGAGGGAACAGUGUGUGUGCAACUUGCCAUUGUCGCUGCCCAGAGCGGUGAGGACCGGGCCUGGCUGGCAGAGCUUGGGCCUCUCUUCUUGGCUUAAGUGUCAUCAGCCCCUGAGGCCCGGUUCAUCCUUGGCGGAUCACGUCCUGUCACUUUUCCUCACAGACUGUAAGAGUUUUGCUAAGUCGUUCCGAUUGUUAGCCUCUCCCCACAAAUCACACGGCUCUGCUGCUAGUUCCCGGCCUCCGCGUGCAUCCGAGUCCUGAGGACCCAGGAACACCGUGAGCUCUGCAUCGGCGUCGGUCACCUCCCAGGCCUCGUGCGCCAGCCAAGCUGUCUGCCAGCCUGGGGCCAGGCAUCGGCGGCUGCGCUUCGGCCCGUCCCUUCUGUGGACUUCCUUUCUGUCCCUGCUUCCUGUCCCUGCUUCCUAUCCCUGCUCCACAUCAAAUAGCAGCGGGAAGGAGAGAGACCUGGGGGAUGAGCAGACCCGCGGCUCACCCCACGGGUAAGUCCCACCCGCUCUGCCCUGACACGGCUGCUUCCCCUCAAGUGCCUCACUCAUCAGGUGCCCGCCAGGCGCGCGGGACCACCGGCCUGACACUGAAAAUGGAAGGCUGUUCACUCGUUUCCUGUUGGAGAAUAUGCAGUGUCUGGGGAAGGGGGGCCGGGGGGGACUGGAUCUGGCCCUGCUUCCUCCUGCCCGCUCUGGUGCAGACACACACCCCGGCUUCACAUCCUUCUUGCUUGAUCGUGCAGGUGACCGGUUUCACAUGAAUCAUAUUUAUACCUUUUGUACGCUACAGAAAUAAAAGGGAUUUAUAUAAAAA